AACCGGAAAUAGUCGUACCCAUUUAAAGCCACGUCGGUACUGGCCUCGGUCCCGCCCCCCACACUGCGGAACCGUUUCCGGGGUCAGGGCAUUCCGUCCCGCCCCGCCGCCGGUGCAGUGUUGGAAGCUCCGGUUCUCCCGGAAGUGGCCCAGGUCUCUCUGUCGGGGUCCCCUCCAUCUCGCUGCUGCUGAAGGCCGCGAGGGCGGCGGCGAUGGCGGAGGCGGCGCUGUUGCUGCUGCCUGAGGCGGCGGCGGAGCGGGACGCUAGGGAAAAGCUGGCUCUCUGGGAUCGGAGACCGGACACGACGGCGCCGCUGACCGACAGGCAGACGGACUCGGUAUUGGAGCUGAAGGCGGCGGCAGAGAACCUGCCGGUGCCAGCUGAGCUUCCAAUUGAAGACUUGUGCAGUUUAACAUCCCAGUCACUGCCCAUUGAACUGACUUCAGUAGUGCCUGAAUCUACAGAAGACAUUCUCUUGAAGGGCUUCACUUCCUUAGGAAUGGAAGAAGAAAGAAUUGAAACCGCACAGCAGUUUUUCUCAUGGUUUGCAAAGCUGCAAACUCAGAUGGAUCAAGAUGAAGGAACUAAAUAUAGACAGAUGAGGGAUUACUUGUCUGGGUUUCAGGAGCAGUGUGAUGCUAUAUUGAAUGAUGUAAACAGUGCUCUUCAGCAUCUGGAGUCUUUGCAGAAACAGUAUCUUUUUGUGUCCAAUAAGACAGGAACCCUACAUGAAGCCUGUGAACAGCUCCUAAAAGAACAGUCGGAACUUGUUGAUCUGGCUGAAAACGUUCAACAAAAGCUUUCCUAUUUUAACGAAUUGGAAACUAUUAACACAAAAUUGAAUUCCCCUACGUUGUCAGUGAAUAGUGACGGAUUUAUACCUAUGCUGGCCAAGUUAGAUGAUUGUAUAACAUAUAUCUCAUCUCAUCCUAAUUUUAAAGAUUAUCCCAUAUAUUUGCUGAAGUUUAAACAGUGUCUUUCUAAAGCUUUGCACCUCAUGAAGACAUAUACUGUGAACACACUACAGACCCUCACAAGUCAGUUAUUGAAAAGGGAUCCUUCAUCUGUACCUAAUGCAGACAAUGCCUUCACAUUAUUUUAUGUGAAAUUUCGAGCUGCUGCCCCCAAAGUCAGAAGUCUUAUUGAACAAAUAGAACUGCGGUCUGAAAAAAUACCUGAAUACCAACAACUGCUAAAUGAUAUCCACCAGUGUUACCUUGAUCAGCGGGAGCUCCUUUUGGGCCCUAGUAUUGCUUGCACUGUUGCAGAGUUAACCAGCCAAAAUAAUAGAGAUCACUGUGCCUUGGUUCGUAGUGGCUGUGCCUUCAUGGUUCAUGUCUGCCAGGAUGAACACCAACUUUACAAUGAAUUUUUCACAAAACCAACAUCAAAAUUAGAUGAGCUUUUGGAGAAACUGUGUGUGUCAUUGUAUGAUGUCUUCAGGCCAUUGAUCAUUCAUGUUAUUCACUUAGAGACUCUGUCGGAACUUUGUGGGAUUCUUAAAAAUGAGGUGCUUGAAGAUCAUGUGCAGAACAAUGCUGAGCAACUGGGGGCAUUUGCAGCUGGAGUCAAGCAGAUGUUAGAAGAUGUACAGGAGCGGCUCGUCUACCGAACCCACAUCUAUAUUCAGACGGACAUCACGGGCUAUAAACCAGCUCCUGGAGAUCUGGCAUAUCCCGAUAAGUUAGUCAUGAUGGAGCAAAUUGCACAGAGUUUGAAAGAUGAACAGAAGAAGGUACCUUCAGAAGCUUCAUUUUCAGAUGUUCACUUAGAAGAAGGAGAGUCUAACAGUCUGACAAAAUCUGGUUCAACAGAAUCCCUCAAUCCUAGACCACAGACCACAAUUUCUCCAGCAGAUCUUCAUGGAAUGUGGUAUCCUACGGUUCGAAGAACUCUUGUCUGUCUCUCCAAAUUAUACAGAUGCAUAGAUAGGGCAGUGUUCCAAGGAUUAUCACAGGAAGCAUUGUCUGCCUGCAUUCAGUCCUUACUUGGAGCGUCAGAGUCUAUCAGCAAAAACAAGACUCAGAUUGAUGGACAACUUUUCUUAAUUAAGCACCUUUUGAUACUUCGUGAACAAAUUGCUCCAUUUCACACUGAAUUCACCAUUAAGGAAAUUUCCCUGGACCUCAAGAAAACUAGAGAUGCAGCAUUUAAAAUCCUGAACCCUAUGACUGUUCCAAGAUUUUUUAGGCUGAAUAGCAACAAUGCCUUGAUAGAGUUCUUGUUGGAGGGUACUCCUGAGAUAAGAGAACAUUAUCUUGACUCUAAAAAAGACGUAGACCGUCAUCUGAAAUCGGCCUGUGAGCAGUUUAUUCAGCAGCAGACCAAGCUGUUUGUAGAACAGCUGGAGGAGUUCAUGACAAAGGUUUCAGCGUUAAAAACAAUGGCCAGUCAGGGAGGCCCCAAGUAUACUCUCUCACAGCAGCCUUGGGCACAACCAGCAAAGGUCAAUGACCUUGCGGCAACUGCGUAUAAGACAAUAAAAACAAAGCUGCCUGUGACAUUGAGAAGUAUGUCCUUGUACCUAUCCAAUAAAGACACCGAGUUCAUCUUGUUUAAACCUGUGAGGAAUAAUAUUCAGCAAGUCUUCCAGAAGUUCCAUUCUCUGUUAAAGGAAGAGUUCAGCCCUGAAGACAUCCAGAUCAUUGCCUGUCCAUCUAUGGAACAGCUGAGCCUUCUGCUGUCAGUUUCUAAAUAAGCAGGCCAGCCGGGCUGUGCACCUAAAUGUCUAUCUGGGAGGAGCAGGCUGAGAAGUCUUGCAGUCUGCAGGACACUGAGGAAUCGUAUGUGGGAACGUCCCUGAGAACCACACGAGUGUGCUGCUCAGUGCUGACUGCAGAAUGAAAUAGAAGCAAAGUGUUACAGGAUCAGUGUUUUCUUUUCUAAAACAUCAAAAUGCCAAAGAUUAAUCUGUGAUUGGUGAUAACUGCCUCAUUUAAAUGGUCACAAGAAAUGUGAAGAGAGAGCUAGGGCAGACAUGCAGUGAAAUGGUUCUUUGUUAAAAAUGUGCAAUAAAAAUAGAUUACAAUAAGUAGUGCAAAGAACUUUACAGAAAUACAGCGAAUUAGAAGGCCUGUAAGAGUAAGGUUUGCUAAAACGUGAAACACUGUAACACUUUUAACCACUGAGCAUCCCACAGUGAAAUGUUAUUUCUAUGCUCUUAUUUAAUGUAGUGUUUCUCCUGUCAUUUUGAAGUUGAGUUUGGAGUAGAUUGGUUGCUUCUGAGAACACAUUCUGCCUUCCUGGGAAGUUAGGGUGUCAUCCUUUCCUCUGUUUGAUGUGAGGUAGUUUAAAGAUACAAGGACUUUGUGUGAAGCUCCAGCAUCUGUGCCCCUUGAAUUGCUUAGGUGCAGACAGUUCUAAAGCAAGGAGCUGCAGCAUUCUCAUCAUAGAUACGUGCAGUAUCUUUAAUGAAUAUCUUCAUGGUAUGAUAGUGUGUGUUUGUGAGUGCGAAGUACCAAUUAAGGUGUCUUAAAUUUGGCGUGUAAAGGAGAGAAGGAAACCUGAGGAGUAGUGUUCCUCCUGAAUGAAGGUCCAGGUCACCAGCCUUCUGUACACUGCCUUUGGUUUUAGCAGUUCUUUGAAAAGCAAACACUUUCAUGUCCUGUUUAUUCAUUCAGCUGGCUGUGCUGUGCCGUGGACCAGCUGUGUGGAUCUCUAGCCCGGCUACAGCAGAAUACAUUUUACCAGCAAACCUAAGGAUGGCAAACACUAUCCACAUCUGAAACUACCACACCAUAUCAGGGAUCAUAAAUUAUGCAUAUCUAUGAAUUUUCCAACAAAUUCCUACUUCCUGAUUGGAUUGGUUUUGCCGCUGAUGUUAAGGCAGCCAGCUUCUUAGUUCAAAAAGAAUUCUGAAUUUUUCAAACACUAGUCUAGAGGUGGACAUUGUCAGGGGUUCUGGAAUGGGACCAGGGGACCUUUUGGUGCAGUGGGUGCCUGUAACUCAUUAGACGUACUGAGGCAGCACUUCUGCAGGGUGUAUACCCUGAUUGUUGUCAUUUGUAACAGGUCACUUCCUUUUCACUCAGUUUAAAUUGGUGAUGGACGUUGCUUGAUUGAGCUUAUUACUCUCUAUUUUGAGAAGGUAGAAGGUAAGAGGGCCCAUAUUCAUUCUUUGCCAUGAAAUGAAUGAAUUAGGAAGAUUGUAUUUACUUAACUGUUUUUUAAAUACAUGUUUAAUGAAAUAAACUGUAAAAUAUCCAGUUUUGUGUAUUAUAUGUACAUUUGAUUUUUAAUAGCCUUUCCAAAGAAAUGAGGGCAUGAUUAUUGUACAGUAAGUACAUGACUGAUUUAAUUUGAUGUACAGAGCGGAGUGUGUUCUUAUAAAAAUAUUUAAUGACAUUGGUUCUUGUGUUUUGAUCUUUUAUUUCUGAAACACUCAAACACCUUACAAAGUGCUGAGUAGGUGAUAGUGACCCAACUUGUUUGCUAAAUGAUUAUUUGUUUAAAUCUGUACAGUUUCAAGUGUUCACUUAUACAAAGAGUGUAUAUACUUUCAAAUAAUUUAAAAUGCUUUAUAUUAUUUGGCUAGAAAUUGCUGUUUUUAAUAAAUGUGAAUUUUUUUAAAAUAAAGAUUUUUGCUUCCUA